GUUUACUUUCUAACCUGGCCGAUCCAAGUUGGCGCGGGGUGUGUGCGCGCGCGCGAAAACGUGCGUGUUGCAACGUGUUUUUUUUUUUCGUCGGUUGGUGCCGUCAAAGGAUUCGCGCCUUCCGGUCGCGCGAUCGCGGAAAUUUUCGAGGGUUUGUGACUGUGUGUAAUUUACGAGGCUGUUUUUUUUUUGUUGGUGGGUUGUGUGACGGUGCGAUAUGAGUCGUUGGGUCGGGUAAUUGUGCGGUGAAAUUAGUGCUUUUUUGUAGGGCAGGUGCUUUCCGGGGUAGGGAUCGGGCGGUUGUGUUUGUGUUGUGCUAAGGCCGAACCAUGACUGGGACCGGGGACUGUGAAGCCUUCCACGAGUUCGCGCUGCUGUUGCCGGUCAAAAUGUUGAAGAUCUUGGACGCCCACCGAGGACAAUGAUGCACGACAGCUUCCAGUUUGUAAAGAAUCUGUUCCACAAUUGCUUCCAGCAGCAAGCCCCGAACCAACGGUCCGCCAUCCCCUCCGACGAUUCCCUGCUGUCGUCGCUCCGGUUCAACGAGAUCCACAGUCUGUACGACUGCAGCCGCCGGUUGGCCAAAGAUCUCGAACGGAACUACGAUGCGAUCAGCGCCCGGAACGACGGCAUCCGGUUCCCCACCGUGAAAACCCUCGACAUCAUCCCCAAAUCCCGGGACGUCCUCAACGGAGACUGGAUUCUGCGCUACUCCGACUCGGAAACGAACGCUUACCCAUGGAGCGGCGAAUCCAGCCCCAACUUUGACCUCGUCCCGUGGCGCCGGUCCAAACCGAACGCCAACAUCCUGUCCAAACCCAACCCCAAACGAUGGACCAGCCCCAGCCCUAGCAAAGAGGACAAAAAGAUCCUCCAGCGGCUGCACAAGCUCGAAACCAAGCGCGUCAAAAAACACCUCAAAGAUAACCUUAAAUAUUCCAAACGCGUCAAGCGAAUCCGCAUCAUGCUCUCCAUAGAGAUGCGCCAAAAGAACUACGAGAUCCUCCCGCCGCGGAUCCGGCCGCGGCAAUUCGGCGCCACCGGCACCGCCAAAUCCCUCAUCCAGAACCACAUCACCAAACUGGCCGUGGUCGCCGUCCAGGAGCAGUCCCAGCAGCACUGGGGCUACUUCAGCCAGCGGCGCAAUGAAAACUUUAAGGAAACGAUCGCCGCACGGGAGGAGCAAGAGCUGCGGGAGAUGGUGGAGCAGCACGUUUUCUGCAAAAACAUGAACGCCGUGAAAACGCUUAACGCGGCCAAGCGCAUUACGCCGUUCGUGCCGCGGCAGUACGAGAGCGACCGGAUGAUAGUACAAAUGUGCAGACGGUGCCGGAGUAAGAGAGUGACAGUGGGGUGCUCCGGGUACAACGAGUCCAGAUACCUGUCGCAUCUGGACUCGUCCCAUGCCGCCGCCAUGCAGAUGAUGCCCCCGAUGGAGCGGCCCGCCGGUGGAGCCCUCGCGCUGCACUACGCGGCCGCCCGCGGCUGCCUGGACUGCGUGCGGCUGCUGGUGGAGGCGGCCCCCGACAUCAGCGCCAACACCCAGAUGGACAACGACGUCACGCCGGUCUACCUGGCGGCCCAGGAGGGCCACCUCGAGGUGCUCAAGUUUCUAGUCCUGGAGGCGGGCGGGUCGCUGUACGUGCGGGCCCGCGACGGCAUGGCACCGAUCCACGCGGCCUCCCAGAUGGGCUGUCUGGACUGCCUCAAGUGGAUGGUCGAAGAUCAAGGCGUCGACCCGAACCUGCGCGACGGCGACGGGGCCACGCCGCUGCACUUUGCCGCGUCCCGGGGCCACCUGACCGCGGUCCGAUGGCUGCUCAGCCACGGCGCCAAGCUGUCCCUCGAUAAGUACGGCAAGAGUCCGAUCAACGACGCCGCCGAGAACCAGCAGGUCGAGUGUUUAAACGCCCUGGUCCAGCACGGAACGCAACCGGCGCCGGACUACGGCAAAGGUCACCACCGGCAGGACCUGUACGGGUCGCACCAGCAGCUGGCCGCGGUCAUUCCACCGCCACAAUCCGUGACGCCCGUGCAGCAGCAGAAGCGAAUCUCCAAGAAGCAUCACCAGAGCAGCCAUCACAGCAGCAGUCACUACAGCAAGAACAAGUCGGCGUCGUCGGUGGUGUCCGGGCAUCAUCACAGCAGCGGCAACAACAACAACAACACGAUGAUGUCCAAGUCGUCGUCGGGAAGUUCCGACUCGGAGCCGUUCUACCUGCAUCCGCCGACGAUUCGGCAAACGAAGGACGGCCUGUACACGCGCCAAUCGCCGGACAGCUACUACGGCACGACCACCGUUCCCCCGAACGACGGCGUCUACAUCAACCCGAUGCGCAACGGUUCCUCGACGCCGCCCAGCCCCAGCGGCAGCGUGUCCGGCGAGUCCUUCUUCCUGCACGACCCCCAGGAGGUCAUCUACAACCGCGUCAAGGACCUGUUCGACUCGGACCUCAGCAGCAGCGUCAAGGACGAGCGGACGAGCAACUCGCGGGCGAUGACGGUGCAAGUUGAGGUCCACUCGAGCAGCAGUGGCGCUGCGAGCGGUUCCGACGAGGACCUCUCGGUUUCGUCGUCCAACUCGGGUGGUGGCCACAAUGGGCACGGGCACCACCAUCACAAUGGGGGAGCAGGAGAUCGGGGCAGCGUGUUGGGAAUCGAACGGAAUAAACCGCCCGAACUGAAGCGGAGCAAUUCGAAGGCGUCGUCGGCGGCUGCAGCGUCGGCGCAUGACCACGACUACGAGGACAUUUAUCUGGUGCGCGAGGAGGCUCGGUACGGGACGAAGACGCGGAACGGCGUGGGCCGGAGUCGGUCCCGGGACAGUGGGUCGCACAGCAGGAGCGCUAGUGCGAGCUCGAAUCGCAGCAACGAUAUUAUCAUGCAGUUGACGAAUCAGACUGUCAGCAACAAGGAGCAAAUGCUCAUCAACAAACGCAACAACCUGUACGAACAGCAACAGUUGCAGCAACAACAGCAGCAGCAGCAACAAUCCAACGGCAAGCAUCGGCCGUACGAUCUGCCGAAAAACUACAAAACGACAAACCUCGGCAAAGCCAACGGAAGCCAGCAGAAGUCGUCCGGCAGCCGGCAGACGGCAGCCGCCGACCUGCGGAACAACGACAACGCGUACGAGAGUGUCUGCUCGCCGGAGGACACCCACGAGCGGACCAAACUGGCGCAGCGUCACUCCCUGCCGAAUGGUGGCGCUGCGAUCGCAAAUGGGGGAGGGGUUGAGAGGAGCAACAGUGGGGCGAGCAGCAGCAAAAAUGUGAAGCGCAGCGGAUCGAUGAACGACGGACGAGCGGUAGGACCCCCACCGCCACCGUUGCCACCACCGCUGAAGGCACCUUCGUCGUCGUCGUCCCAGUACCAGCAACAGCAACUUCACUACCAGCAGCAACAGCAGAGUCACUACGGCAGUCAGACCUCGAAGCAGUCCGCGUCCGCGUCCGCGUCAAAUUCAAACUCGAACUUUUACCUGCACAAGCACAUGAGCCCGGCACCACCGGGUUCUGCUUCCGGCGGGAUGGUCCUGAACGGGGGCGGACACCAGCAGAACGCCCAGCACGACUACUACAACCAGCUGCCCCAGCUGCAGCACCUGCAGGAAGCGCCCGACUCGGACUCGGGCCUGGAGGUCGUCGAGGAGGCGACGCUGAAGCCGUCCGACCUGAUCCGGGGCAACCACAACCGCAGCAUGUCGAUCAUUUCGGCGAACAAGAAAGCCAAACUCAUCGCGGGCAGUAACGGAAACGGCGGUGGCAGCGGCAGCGCCCUCCUCAGCCCGACCGGCAGCAGCUCGAACGGGUACGGCGGCGCCGAUCAGUACCAGCCGUCGCAGCAGCUGUACCAGUCGCGCUCCAACUCCGCACUGUCGUCGUCGAGCCACGCUGGUCCGAAUCUGGUCAACAAGCAGCUCGUGCUGCCGUUCGUUCCGCCGGCCUUCCCGAACGGGUCCAACGCGGACGGGUCCAACCACCUCAUCAAGCCGUCCGAGUAUCUCAAGAGCAUCAGCGACAAAAAGUCCUCCUGCGCUGGCUCCCAGAGUAGGCCGCUUGGUGGCCACUUUCCCGACUACUCUCCUUUGCUGUUGCUGACCCCCGCCGCGAGUUAUCCAAGUGGGCGAGCGCGUGUGAUCUCUCAAGUGAAACCGCGCAAAUCUAGAGCAGGAAAAGUGCGCGGCGCACCCCCACAAAACGGCGGCGAGCGAGAGAUUGUUGGUGAAAUAGUGAAAAUUUUGAAAUUUUUAAACAAGAAGAUGUUGGUAUCUUCCGACACCGAAGACUAUAUGCCAUUGAACGCCACGAUCACGGUACAGUCGGGCCCGGAACCACCGAAACCGCCGCCCCCGCCGCCGGCGCCCCCCAUGCUGAACCUGUUUGCCACCGCGGCGACCGGCACCAUCGGCAGCAGUAAAAACACCAGCGCCAGCUCAGCCGCCGCCGGCAGCCAGACCGGAACGGCCAAAAGCAACAUUCCCCCGCCACCCCCGCCCCAGGACUCGACGAUCCGCAAGCAGCAGCAGCCGCUGUCGGCCAUCUCGAUCCAGGACCUCAACAGCGUGCAGCUCCGCCGCACGGACAAAAUGCUCUCCAAAACCUUUUCCGCGCCGACGCGCAGCAUGAGCAUGCAGUGUCUGUCCUCGACGAACGAGCAGUUCCUGUCCCAGAAGACGGACCUGAUCGCGGAGCUGAAAAUGUCCAAGGACAUUGCCGGCGUGAAAAAGAUGAAGGUCGAGCGCGCUAAACUCGAGGACAAACAGGCCACCGAGGUGUACUCCGAGGUCACGCGACAAUUCACGGCCUCCAACUACGUGGACCAGGUAGGUGGAGCACCAAAGCAAUCUUUGCAGGUGCCGGAGCGGGACAACGCCGGUAACAUCAUUCCGGACUGGAAGCGCCAAAUGCUGGCGAAGAAGGCAGCCGAGAAGGCCAAGAAGGAGUUUGAGGAUCGGUUGGCGCGGGAAGCCGAAGAUCGGCGCCUUUCGGCCAUCCCCAAGUGGAAGCGGGACCUGAUGGCGCGGAAGGAGGAGGCGGAGAGUAAGCUCAAGUCCUCAAUCUACACGCCCCGCGUCGAGGAGACGACGCGCCGCACCACGGACACGUGGCGCUCGCGCAUGAACCAGCGCGCCAUGUCGAUCGACAACAUCAGCUUCACGCCGUCCUCGUCGUCGGCCAGCAACCACCACAACGAUCCGACCUCGACCUCGUCGACGCUUGCGAUGGUGUCGGCCCGGUUCAACAAGGAGAACAACAACAACAACAACUCGAACUCGAAUGGCGGUGGGUCGUCGAAUGGCCACCACCAUCAUGCCAACGGGAAUGGCAAUGGGAGCAACAGCAGCAGCAACACCAACAUUAACGGGCUGAGCACGCGCAGUUCGAUGGAGAAUCUGUCGGUGGUGAACGGGAAGAAUGGAGCUGGAAACGGGGACGAUGAGGACGAAAGCGAGCAGAUUAUUCCGUGGAGGGCCCACCUGAGGAAAACCAACAGCCGGCUCAGCUUGAUUGGUUGAGGGGUGGGAGGUGCUUUUUGCCCUUAGUCGAUAGCUUGUUGUAUAAAGGUUUAUCAUUACAGUUAUAAUUAUACUAUAAAUAUACAAUAAAACGAGAUAAAAAGAUACAUAUUUUAAGCUUAUAAACAAAAAAAAAAACAAUCGUAAAAGAAAAAGCGAAAAGUGAAAAUGAUGGCAAGAAAGAACCUUAAUUUUAUCCUGUUUUUGACGACACUUAUUUAAUUACGAGAGAAAGCGAGAGCGAAUGAGCCAACGAGACAGUGAGAAACAUUUAACAGUUACAAAUAAAGUGGAAAACAAGCUCACGUAAACAUUGAUGCAAGCGCGCACACGCAGCACCCUUCGCACAUAGUAAACAUAAAUCAAAGAUUUCGUUGCAAUAUUACGUUGUAAGAUUACCUGUAAAAUCGAAACUGUGCGAGAGAACAAUAAAUGAGAAAGAAGCGAAAGACUAGCGGAAAAAAACGUUAUGAAUAUUAUAAAAUGCUGCUUAAAUAAAAAAAGACAAUUGAUAAAAGAAAAGAAGCAACUAUAUUGUGAUUAUUGUUAUCAUUACUUUUCAACCUGCAAGCAAAAAAUAAAUCUAAACACACAAAAGAAAAAGUUAGACCUAUUACUUCUCACUGCCAAUACAAAAAUAAAAACCCACUUUGAAAAAGCUUAAAAAUCAAACAUACGAACAAUCCAAUAUUACCUAGCAAAAGCGAAACAGAUCGUAUUAUUAAUAUCCCACUCAAAUUAAAUAACAAAAAUAAACAAGGGUCAAAACUAGUAGUAAUUAUCAACAGCAAAACAGCAUACCGAUGAAGAACACGACAAACAAAAACUGUUGUGCACAUAAACAGCGGGAGAACAAUAGCGAUGACCCCCCACGAAAUGUCCCCCAUUUUUUUAUACGAGCUGCGCAUAGGCACAAAUUUCAUGUUUCGUUGAAUAGUUAUAAUAAAGUAAAAAUGUUUAUUAGAAAAAAAUUAA